AUGCGGUUGCAUGCUUAUGAGUCAUCCAGGACUUACAAAGAUAAGGUGAAGUUCUAUCAUGUCAAGAAGUUGAUCAAGAGAACUUUCCAUCCAGGGGAUUUGGUUGUAUUAUUCAAUUCGCGGCUAAAGUUAUUCCCCGGGAAACUGAAAUCAAAAUGGUCGGGACCUUUUGUGGUAAAAUGUGUAUUUCAGAGUGGAGUAGUGGAAUUAGAAUCUUCAACUGAUGCUAAUCAGGAACGGAGUUGGAUCGUGAAUGGCCAAAGGAUCAAACACUAUGUGGGAGGAGAUGUGGAGCAAUUUGCCUUAGUAAUGAUGUUGGUAGAUCCUUGA